CUUCGAGAAACGCCACAGUUUGUCAGGGAACAGUGUAACAGAAUCAACAAUAUCACCAAGUCUGACCACCCGAUCCAUUAAGUUGCCUCUUUUAACAUCCAUAGGUUACUGGGACCAUACCAGGCAUUUUACCCAUAAUUUCACAAUUCCUUCAAGUUUAUAUUAUCUUUUGUAUUAUAUAUUAGAUUUAUGUUUAUGUAUCUGGUACCACCGGUUUCUUGUGUCAAUAUACGCAUAGAUCAUAGAAUACAAUUGUGUAUUCAGGUUUGUAUCAGGUGGUAUUUGCGAAGAAUACGACCGACGCAAACCACACACUUUUUGACAAUUAUGUCGAAACGUAUCUUAAAACCUUGCCAAUGUAAAGUUAAGAGAAUUUGUAAUCUUUGUGACGCUGCAAUCGGCAAUACUCAAGCAAUAUCACAGUGGUUCACAACUAAUUGAGUAUGGACCAGACAAAGCAGCAACUGGCAUUUCGAGCAACGUUCUAGGUUGUCGGGGUACAGUGACAUGCAAAUCAAUCAAAUCACCAAGACUGACCUCCCGAUCCACUGAGUUGCAUCUUAUAACAACCAUAGGUGACAACCACUCACUUUAAACAUGAGAUCCCUACAGAAAGUUUAACACUUACCAAAGUCCAUGUUAUCUAUUGGUUUAAAUGUAAGCCUUUGUGUACCUGGUGCACUAAUUCCAUGCAUCCAUAAACCCAUAGAUCAAUCGAUUGUGUCAUUAUUAACAGUAGAUACUUCUUUUCUUACAGGACAAAGAAUUAGGGCGCCUGAACUUCACGACAAGCUUCAACCAAUUCCGGUAUCGGAAGUCCGUCUGUGUGACUGUAGAAGAUGCUCCGAGAUGCUUCAGAAUUGUGAAAAGGAGCUGUCAACACUCAAAGACAUAUUCUUUAUUCAUUUUGACCCUACUUUGGAAAACGUGCGUUUGAGCGAAUCGCAGCUUCAGUUCACUAAGAUACUGUCUGCUUUUAGAAAUUCCCAAGGUGGCGGUCUUAUAGUUCAUCAGCACAACACACCUGAUUCCGGGAACUCUCUUCAUACGUUUCUCAACCAAAUAUUUGGCUCAAUCCUCACCCAUGAUUUGGUUACAUGUGAUGUGUUUAAAUCACAACGAAUCGGAUUUUACGCAGAUAUGUUCAGAGUAGACGUCAAGCCAUCAGAGAUGUUUAUUACGUGUGAUUUGAAAACGAAGUUCCCGUCGUUGUCUAUUGACAAAUUCGAAAAUGGCUCAAACGAAAAAAUAAGACACCUCCUGUUUUCUUCGCGCACGACAGAAAGUACAGAAGCUUCUUUGGAAGGUAUUUCUUCCAGGAAGCAAGUUAUGGAAGCUCGGAGGAUGCGCUACCCCAGAUCCAUUCACAUGCAUAGUUAUUCUUCAACACCAUUGAGGCACAUGUUAAACGUCCUAGUAGAUGAUAUCAAUGUGGAUAAUAUCAUGACUAGUCAUUCUGUGCCUGAACAUAUAACAUCGCUUUCAAAGAAAAAAAGCGGCGGGUCUAAGUUCGUUGCUAUGGCAGGACACAAAUUUGAAGACACUCCUCUGCAUCAACAAGAACGUAUAAAAGUUCGUCUGAUGGAAGCACUGAAGAAGAAUUUGCGAGUUCAGAAAAACAAACAUUCAAAGGUUUCACUUCAAGACAUUGAUGUGUUUAAGAUAGGAUUAUCCAAAGACGCGGACAGUGGAGGCUGCAUUAUAGAGAUUGCAGUGGGACAUGUCAAUGGUUGUGUGUUUUAUGACCCUCAAGGACCCGAAUCAUAUAAAAUUGAAGGUGGGAGAAUGGUUCGACUACCCUUUGAAAGAUGGGUUGAGGAGGCCUUUGAGUGAACAGCGAUGGAUCGACCAUAUAUUCUGGGAAACCCAGAAUUUUUGUUGCAGACAAUGUUUUUGAUAUAUUUCGUUCAGUUCAAGUUCACAGAGAGAUCAUUCUUUCUCUGAAAGGAGAAGCCUAAACAUGUUUCUUAGAUCUGCCUGU